CACACACACACAUACACAUCUAGUCGCCUCCCCGCCCCUGCGACGUCGAUUCCUGAGCCUGAAGCUUGCUGUUCCGCCCCUCUGUCUCUCUUGACCUCCGUCCUUUGACAGCCAUGAGGUAGACGACAUUCCUCACACACAACACAACACCCUACGCCAUGUCCCGCCUCGAAGUCAAUAUGGCGGGCGGCACAGGCGAGAAGCUGACCACGGCGACCAUCAUUGUCGCAGGCGUCGCCGCGCUGAUAGCCACUUUCCUAUCAGCCAUAUCCAUCUUUCUCCAGUCGAAAAACUACCGAAAACCACUCCUUCAGCGAUAUGUCGUUCGAAUCUUGCUCAUGGUCCCCAUAUACUCGAUAUCGUCUUGGACAAGCAUGGUCUCUAUCAAAGCUUCGUCUUUCCUUGACCCUGUCAGAGACAUUUACGAGGCUUUCACCAUCUACACCUUCUUCCAGCUCCUUAUCAACUAUCUCAGCGGAGAACGCGCUCUGAUCAUCAUGACCCACGGCCGCGAGCCAGUCUCCCACCUGUGGCCUAUGCAUCAUGUGCUGCCCCGCGUCGACAUCUCCGAUCCUCACACGUUUCUCGCGAUCAAGCGCGGCAUUCUGCAGUACGCGUGGUUGAAGCCCAUCCUGGCGUUGGCCACCGUCAUCAUGAAGGCUACAGACACCUACCAGGAGGGCUACAUUGGCGUGGAGUCGGGCUAUCUAUGGAGCGGCAUCAUCUACAACCUGAGUGUGACGGUGAGCUUGUACUCACUCGGCUUGUUUUGGGUCUGCAUGCAUGACGAUCUGCUACCCUUCCGUCCCGUGCCCAAGUUCUUGUGCGUCAAGCUCAUCAUCUUUGCCUCGUAUUGGCAAGGUUUCUUCCUGUCUAUCCUCGUCUGGCUCGGAGCCAUCCCGGACAACGUCGAGGGGUACAGUCCCGACAACUUGGCCGCCGCCAUCCAGGAUGCGCUGAUUUGUAUCGAGAUGCCGGCGUUCGCCAUCGCCCACUGGUAUGCCUUUUCGUGGCACGAUUUCGCGGAUAACAGAAUUUCGUCGGCGCGGAUGCCCGUCAAGUUUGCGUUCCGCGAUGCGUUUGGUGUCAAGGAUCUCAUUGAAGACUCAAAAGAGACAUUCACAGGCGACAAAUAUGGCUACCGGUUUUUCGACUCGGGCGACAAGAUCAUGGCGCACGAAGAGUCCCGAGCCAGGUUAGGCAGACUCGAUGAGGGCAUGCGAUACACAAGAGGCGGCAAGGCAAAGUACUGGAUCCCGACACCCGGCCAGGUCGAUCGUCAGACAAACCGCAAUCUGAAUGAGCGAGACCCCUUGCUUCAAGGAACCGCGGGCGGCCCGAGCGAAGAGUACAACUCCGCCAACGGCACCUUCAAUGAAGGUCUCGGUGGUGAGCCCGAGAUAGAUAACGACGACGAGCGUCUCUACGGCAAGGCGCGCGAAUUGGAGUUUGGCGAUUGGAAUUACCCCGUCAUCACUGCAAAUGUGCCCCUGAGCCAACGGUACAUGUCCUCUCAGGGAAGCCUAGGGUUCGCGUCUGAACCACGAUCGACAGUCGAGCGUCUGCGUGUGUCUCCUCGGCCUAGCGAGCCAGCCGUCGUCACGGUCAAAAAGAAGAAGAAGCAAAAGCAGAAGCAAGUCGCUGCGGCAGAGACGGCAGGCUCGGGAUCGUCCCCCGACCGUACCGGUUCUGGACCGUCAUCCAAGCCCCAAAGCCCAUCACCUCAGCCGACUGCAGCCGAGGGACAGUCUGAACCCGAAGCGAGUGUUUCCAAAACGUAUAGCGAGCCUGAGGCAUCUCCCCUUCUACAAGAAGCAACAGCAUCGCCGUGGGCAGAGAGCGAGCAAGAAGACGAUUUCAAUAAAAACUUUGGCGUUGGGGACGACGACGAGAUCAACAAGAAUGUUUGGGGCGGUAGCGAGUCCCGUUGAAAGAGUGUGCCGUAGCUUUGCAUUUACAAGUUCGAUACCCUUACUCUCGUGUUCUAUGUUUCAGCAAUAUUGGCAUAGCGAGGAGUUUGCGAGGAAUACAUGACAAGAGGCUGACUGAGUUGGGGGGUUCUUCGUGUAUCAAUACAUCUGGGUACAGUGUUGUGUAGUGUUUUCAUUCCUUGAAUAUACAUUAGAUCAUGUCUGUCUCUGAUUUAUUCCAUCUGCACUACCUCUAGGAAAUAAACUUGCUUGAUGCUGCC